AUGUCCAACAAUAUUGAUGAUUUAUUUGACGUUUUUGAAGAAAAUGAAAUACAAGAAAGUAUUUCAAUAAAAGAUCAAGAUGAAGAAGAACAACAACAAAAAAAACAUAUCGAACAAAAUGACAACGAAAUUAUAACUUCAAUUAAUAAUAGUAAAAAUGAAGAAGAAGAAGAAGAAGAAGAAGAAGAAGAAGAAGAAGAACAACAACAACAACAAACCAAAACAUAUAUAAAUAAACAAAAUAAUGACAUUAACAAUAUAGAUAAAUAUGAUAUAAAUAAAGAUAAUGUAGGAAAUUAUAAAAACGAAAAGGCAUACAAAGAUAUAAAUAUUGAAAAUUAUAAAAUUAAUGUAGAAUAUUUAAUUAAGAAUAAAAAAGCGGAAGAAAAUAUAAAAAAACAAAUACAAGAAGAAAUAUAUAGUGAUAUACAAAAUUUUGAUAAAACAAAUAAAAAUGUAAACAAAAUAAGGAAAUUAUCCCAUCAAGAAAAUAAUAAUAUAAAUAAUAAUCAUAUUAACGAAAAAAAUAUUAAUAAUAAUAUUAAUGGAGAUAAUUUAACUGGGGAACCAUACCCGAACGAUGAUAGUUCCACUCAAGAAAAUAAUAAAAUAACAAAUAAAUUAAUAGUAGAAGAAACCAUAAUUGAAAAUAGUAAGACUAUAAAUAAUGAUGAUGUUCUAGUAUUAGAAGAAUUUGGAGGAGAUGUAAAUUGUAUUCAUAAAUGUGUUAGACCUCAAAGUUAUGUACACAAUGAAAUUAAAGAACCUAUAAUUCCAGCAAGGACAUAUAAAUUUGAAUUAGAUACUUUUCAAAAAAAAUCUAUAGAAUGUUUAGAAAGAAAUGAAAGUGUAUUAGUAUCAGCUCAUACCUCAGCAGGAAAAACCGUAAUAGCAGAGUAUGCCAUUGCUUUAGGACUUCGAGAUAAACAAAGAGUUAUUUAUACUAGUCCAAUUAAAGCCUUAAGUAAUCAAAAAUAUAGAGAUUUAGGUGAAGAAUUUAAAGAUGUUGGACUAAUAACAGGAGAUAUUUCUAUUAAUCCUGAAGCUUCAAUUAUUGUUAUGACAACCGAAAUUUUAAGAUCAAUGUUAUAUCGUGGUUCCUCAUUAACAAAAGAAGUUAAAUGGGUUAUAUUUGAUGAAAUACAUUAUAUGAGAGAUAGAGAUAGAGGUGUUAUCUGGGAAGAGACUAUUAUUCUUUUACCUUUAAUGGUUAGAUUCAUUUUUUUAAGUGCAACCAUACCUAAUGGUAUUCAAUUUGCUGAAUGGGUGAGUAGUAUUAAAAGUCAAGCUUGUCAUAUUGUUUAUACAGAUUAUCGACCUACACCAUUACAACAUUAUAUAUAUCCAACAUCUAGUGAAAGUGUAUUUUUAAUAUGUGAUGAAAAUAAAGAUUUUAAAAAAGAUAACUUUAUAAAAGCUGUCAAUGUAAUUAAAGAAAAAAUGAACACAUCAGAAGAUAAUCAUCAUCAACAACAUAUAAAUAAAUAUACAAAAAAAAUGAGAAAAACAACAUAUGAUAUAGAAAAAAUUGUUCAAAUGUGUCAUUCUAGAAAUUAUACACCUUUAAUUAUUUUUGCAUUUUCUAAAAAAGAAUGUGAAGUUAAUGCGACAGCUAUGCAUAAAAUUGAUUUAACCAGUGUUACGGAAAAAGAAGUUAUAAAAGAAUUAUAUGCAAAUGCUAUACGCAUAUUAGCAGAUGAUGAUAGAACACUUCCACAAGUUCAAUUUAUUUUACCUUUACUUUUAAGAGGUAUAGGUAUACAUCAUGGUGGAUUAUUACCUAUAAUUAAAGAAAUCAUAGAAAUAAUGUUUCAAGAAUCAUUAUUAAAAGUCUUAUUUAGUACUGAAACAUUUUCUAUGGGUAUUAAUAUGCCAGCAAAAACAGUUGUAUUUACAUCAUUAACAAAAUUUGAUGGAUUAGAAAAAAGAUUAAUAACAUCAGGAGAAUAUAUUCAAAUGGCAGGAAGAGCAGGAAGAAGAGGAUUAGAUGAUAGAGGUAUUGUUAUUAUUAUGUUAGAUACACCUUUACAUUGGAGAGAGGCACAUAAAUUAUUUGUUGGAGAAGCUAAUAGAUUAGUUAGUCAGUUCCAUCUAGGUUAUAAUAUGAUCUUAAAUUUAUUAAGAAUUGAAGGUAUUACACCUGAAUUCAUGAUUGAAAGAUCUUUUAUACAAUAUCAAAUGAAAAAAAACCUUUCUCAAAAAAUACUAGCCAAAAAAAAAGUAGAAGAACAUAUUAAACAAAUUUUUAAUCAUUUAACAAAUAUUUAUUUAGAUGAAAGUAAUAAUGAAAUUACUAAAGAUGACUUACUUACAAAAAUUAUGUUUAAUAAUUAUGAACAAAUCAAAAAUGAUCAGAACUUAGAUACUUCUUCAAAGUUGAAAAUUAAAGAAAACUCUUCCAAUAAUGAAGUUAUCUUGAAUGGAAAUAAUCACAAAGAAAUAAAAGAAGAAUUUAAAGAAGAAUAUACAAACUAUUCAACAUAUAACACACAACAAUAUA